GAGGUGAUUCAUCCCGGUGACUGUCGUCCGCAGGAGUGGCCUGCGUCCUCAGCCUUUAAGUCAGAGUGAAAAGUUGAAAACUCGUUUCUCUGCUUUUCUCUGAUCUCAUUUACAGACGCAGCGAGAGGCGCUGUCACAAGGAGCAAAGCUUUAUUUAUUUUAUUUCCUUUUAGAGGACUCUUUCGAUCAACCCAAUUCCUGCUGUUUAUCCCGGGAGAAGAGCAGCAACAUGCCGAAAGCGGUCAACGUUCGCGUCACCACCAUGGACGCUGAGCUGGAGUUUGCCAUCCAGCCUAGCACCACCGGCAAGCAGCUGUUUGAGCAGGUGGUGAAAACUGUUGGUUUAAGGGAAAUCUGGUACUUUGGGCUGCAGUACGUGGACACCAAAGGAUACAGCACCUGGCUAAAGCUGGAGAAAAAAGUGACGGCACAAGAAAUUAAAAAGGAGAACCCGCUUCAGUUUAGGUUUCUUGCAAAGUUCUUCCCAGAGGAUGUUGCCGAGGAGCUGAUCCAGGACAUCACGCAGAAGCUCUUCUUCAUGCAGGUGAAGGAGACCAUCCUCUCCGAUGAGGUCUACUGUCCCCCAGAGACAGCCGUGCUGCUGGCGUCCUACUCCGUUCAGGCCAGGUUCGGAGACUACGACAAAAGUAUCCAUCAGACUGGAUAUCUUCUGUCAGAACGCCUGCUGCCUCAGAGAGUCAUGGAGCAACACAAGCUUUCCAAAGAACAGUGGGAGGAGAGGAUUCAAGUGUGGCAUGAGGAGCAUUGUGGGAUGCUCAAAGAGGAUGCCAUGCUGGAGUAUCUGAAAAUUGCCCAGGAUUUGGAAAUGUAUGGAGUCAAUUUCUUUGGCAUCAAAAACAAGAAGGGAACGGAGCUGUGGCUGGGAGUGGACGCGCUUGGACUCAACAUUUAUGAGAAGGAUGACAAGCUGACUCCAAAGAUUGGCUUCCCGUGGAGUGAGAUCAGAAACAUUUCCUUCAACGAUAAGAAGUUCAUCAUCAAGCCAAUUGACAAAAAAUCUCCGGACUUUGUGUUUUUUGCCCCAAGACUGCGAAUCAACAAACGCGUUCUGCAGCUGUGCAUGGGCAACCAUGAGCUGUACAUGCGUCGCCGCAAGCCGGACUCCAUUGAAGUGCAGCAGAUGAAGACCCAGGCCAAGGAGGAGAAGAACCAGAGGCAGACGGAAAAGGCCCACCUGGAGAACGAGAAGAAGAAGAGGGAGGCCAUGGAGAGGGAGAAGGAGCAGAUCGAGCGGGAGAAGCAGGAUCUCAUGAUGAAGCUGUACCAGUUCGAGGAGAAGACCAAGAAGGCUGAGAAAGACUUGCAGGAGCAGCUGCAGAGAGCCAUGAUGUUGGAACAGGAGCGAAGAAGGGCGGAGGAAGAGGCAGUGCGUUUGGAGGCAGAUCGCCAGGCCGCCCUGCUGGCUAAAGAAGAGCUGGCACGCCAGUCUGAGAAUCAGCAGAGGACUCAAGAGCAGCUGGCUGCAGACCUGGAGGAAUACACCGCCAGGAUCGCUAUGCUGGAGGAGGCCAAGCGGCGCAAGGAGGAGGAGGCCACUGCAUGGCAGAACAAGGCCCAAGAGGUUCAGAACGAUCUGGUCAAAACCAAGGAGGAACUACACAUGGUGAUGACGGUUCCACCCCCACCCCCGCCUCCCCCGAGCUACAACCACCUGGAGGAUUACAGUGACAACGAGGAAAACUCCAGCAAUCACAGUGCUGAGCUGCAGACGAUGGGCUUCUCUGACCACUCCCUGGAGGAGGAAAGGCUGACAGAGGUCGAAAAGAACGAGCGUGUCCAGAAACAGUUGAAGGCCUUGACGUCAGAGCUGGCUCAGGCUCGGGAUGAAUCCAAGAACACCCAGAACGACCUCCUUCACUCUGAGAACGUGCGGGCCGGCCGAGACAAAUACAAAACCCUGCGACAGAUCCGACAGGGCAACACCAAGCAGAGGAUCGACGAGUUCGAAGCUUUGUAAACGGCUUUUGGUGCUUCACUGCUUACCCUUUCUGAAUGAUCUCGCUUCACGCCGACACACAUCUAAACUCACCCGAGGACCUGUUAGUGCACACCCGCCGCAGACGAAACCGGACAACAGCAGAAGCAAACACAAACUCCCUCUGAGUUUUUCAGAAAAAAAUCACCUCUUUUCAAGAGAAGUUAAAGAAAGUGCCAAAACCGACUUUCCUUUUGCAUUUUCUUAGUGUUAUGAGUUGUAUUAGUGGAUCCACGGUCUCACAUCAGACUUAAAGGGUUUCAUUUGUUCAAAGCCAAAUCUUCUAUAAAGUAGAUUUUCUUAACGAGCAGUUACUUUGUUGUGAAGGAGGAACUUAUUUGCUGCGACCACUCAGAAAGGGGAAGAACCAACAUGCGGUAAAUAUUUUGGUAUACUUCCAUUUACUGUUGCAAAACUAUAGGUUCAAUCAUAACAUAUUUAUAUUGUAUAUGGGACAUAAAGGGUUUCAACUUUGUAUAUUUUUGCUAUUUACUCACUAGAAAACAAUAAUUUUUAAAAGCUUGACUUAUUUUGACUAAAACAAUCAUAGUCUUAUGUUGGAUGUGUUUUAAAUCGCUUAAAGAGAUUUAAUUGUAAAUUAUUUUUUACUGCAGAACAUAUCCGGCUGCAUGCUAUUGCAAUCUGUUUGCCGUCUUGGUACUUUUGAUUAGUUUUUGCAUGCAGCUCUGUGCUUAGCAGGACACUGAGGUGUUCUUGUAUUAUGUCUGUUUCUGUCUGAACUCUGUACGGCUGAGUGAGCACUUCAGUUCUCACGCCUUAAGUGUCCUUUCUCUUUAGCACUGACCCCCUAGAGGAGGGACAGCUCAAUAAAAUUAAAAAUCAAAUUUAGAAAAACCUAUUUUCCUCUAUUAUUAAUAUUGUUUUUUAUGUUCAACCUUCAUUUCAGUGGAAAUGAGCGUGAAAUUUUAGUUUGGUCAGACAGUGUAAGAACAAACUCCUCUCUCUGGACUAAAGUAGUAUUUACUGACAUUGUAAUGAAAAUGCACAUGAAUGCUGGCCUUUGUUUAGGAACUGGAUUUUAUAAUGAGGUGUUUGACGUACUGACAAUAAAAAAGACUUCAUCUCGCA